UGUUUAGAGCCACGUCUGUGCUGGCUUCUGUCCCGCCCCCACACACUAUGGAAGCACUUCCGGAGUCAGGGUAAUCCGCUCCGCCCCGCCGCCGGUGCCUUGCUGGAAGCCCCGGCUCCCCCGGAAGUGGCCCGGGCCUGCCUGUCGGGGUCCCCUCCACCCCGCUGCUGUUGAGGGCUGCGAUGGCGGAGGCGGCGCUCUUGUUGCCGCCGGAGGCGGCGGCAGAGCGGGACGCUCGGGAGAAGCUGGCUCUCUGGGACCGGAGACUCGACACGACGGCGCCGCUGACCGACAAGCAGACGGACUCUGUGCUGGAGCUGAAGGCGGCGGUGGAGAACCUGCCUGUGCCGUCCGAGCUUCCACUUGAAGACCUGUGCAGUUUAACAUCCCAGGCGCUGCCUGCUGGAGAGCCCGCCGUAGUACCUGAAUCUACGGAAGAUAUUCUCCUGAAGGGUUUCAUUUCCUUAGAUAUGGAAGAAGAAAGAAUUGAAACUGCACAGCAGUUUUUCUCAUGGUUUGCAAAGCUACAAACUCAGAUGGAUCAGGAUGAAGAAACUAAAUAUAGACAGAUGAGGGAUUACUUGUCUGGGUUUCAGGAGCAGUGUGAUGCUAUAUUGAAUGAUGUAAACAGUGCUCUUCAGCAUCUGGAAUCAUUGCAGAAACAGUAUCUUUUUGUGUCCAAUAAGACAGGAACCCUACAUGAAGCCUGUGAACAGCUCCUAAAAGAACAGUCGGAACUUGUUGAUCUGGCUGAAAAUAUUCAACAAAAGCUUUCCUAUUUUAAUGAAUUGGAAACUAUUAACACAAAACUGAAUUCUCCUACAUUGUCUGUUAAUAGUGAAGGAUUUAUACCUAUGCUGGCCAAGUUAGAUGAUUGUAUAACAUAUAUCUCAUCUCACCCAAAUUUUAAGGAUUAUCCUGUAUAUUUGCUGAAGUUUAAGCAGUGUCUUUCUAAAGCUUUGCACCUCAUGAAGACAUACACUGUGAACACACUGCAGAACCUCACCAAUCAGUUAUUGAAAAGGGAUCCUGCAUCUGUACCCAGUGCAGACAAUGCCUUCACAUUAUUUUACGUGAAAUUUCGAGCUGCUGCUCCUAAAGUCAGAACUAUCAUUGAACAAAUAGAACAACGAUCUGAAAAAAUACCUGAAUACCAACAACUGCUGAAUGACAUCCAUCAGUGUUACCUUGACCAGCGGGAACUUCUGUUAGGCCCCAGCAUCACAUGUACUGUGACCGAGUUAACAAGCCAGAACAACAGAGAUCAUUGUGCCUUGAUUCGCAGUGGCUGUGCCUUUAUGGUCCAUGUGUGCCAGGAUGAGCACCAACUGUACAAUGAAUUUUUCACAAAACCAACAUCAAAAUUAGAUGAACUUUUGGAGAAACUAUGUGUGUCAUUGUAUGAUGUCUUCAGGCCCUUGAUCAUUCAUGUUAUUCACUUAGAGACUCUAUCAGAACUUUGUGGAAUUCUUAAAAAUGAGGUGCUUGAAGAUCAUGUACAGAACAACGCCGAACAACUGGGAGCAUUUGCAGCCGGAGUAAAGCAGAUGCUGGAAGAUGUGCAAGAGCGGCUCGUGUACAGAACCCACAUCUACAUUCAGACGGACAUCAUGGGCUACAAGCCUGCGCCUGGGGACCUGGCCUAUCCGGAUAAGCUGGUGAUGAUGGAGCAAAUUGCACAGAGUUUAAAGGAUGAACAGAAGAAAGUACCUUCGGAUGCUUCAUUUUCAGAUGUUCAGUUAGAGGAAACGGAGUCUAAUAACCUAACAAAAUCUGGUUCAACAGAAUCCCUCAAUCCUAGACCACAGACUACAAUUUCUCCAGCAGAUCUUCAUGGGAUGUGGUAUCCAACAGUUCGAAGAACUCUUGUGUGUCUCUCCAAAUUGUACAGAUGCAUAGAUAGGGCAGUGUUCCAAGGAUUAUCCCAGGAAGCCUUGUCUGCCUGCAUUCAGUCACUACUUGGAGCAUCAGAGUCUAUCAGCAAAAACAAGACUCAGAUUGAUGGACAACUUUUCUUAAUUAAGCACCUUUUGAUCCUUCGUGAACAGAUUGCUCCAUUUCAUACUGAAUUCACCAUUAAGGAAAUUUCCCUGGACCUCAAGAAAACUAGAGAUGCAGCAUUUAAAAUCCUGAACCCCAUGACUGUCCCAAGAUUUUUUAGGCUGAAUAGCAACAAUGCCUUGAUAGAGUUCUUGUUGGAGGGAACUCCUGAGAUAAGAGAACAUUAUCUUGACUCUAAAAAAGAUGUAGACCGGCAUCUGAAAUCGGCCUGCGAGCAGUUUAUUCAGCAGCAGACCAAGCAGUUUGUAGAGCAGCUGGAGGAGUUCAUGACAAAGGUUUCAGCGUUGAAGACGAUGGCCGGUCAGGGAGGGCCCAAGUGUCCUCUUCCACAGCAGCCGUGGGCACAGCCAGCAAAGGUCUGUGAGCUUGUAGCAGGUGCCUACAAGACCAUAAAGGCGAAGCUGCCUCUGACGUUGAGGAGUAUGUCACUGUACCUCUCCAAUAAAGAUACAGAAUUCAUCCUGUUCAAACCUGUGAGGAAUAAUAUUCAGCAAGUUUUCCAGAAAUUCCAUGUUUUGCUAAAGGAAGAUUUCAGCCCUGAAGAUACCCAGAUCAUAGCUUGUCCUUCUAUGGAACAGCUGAACCUUCUCCUGUCAGUUUCUAAAUAAGCAGGCCCGUCGGGCCGUGCAUGCCGAUGUCUGUCCGGGUGGAGCGGGCUGGGAGGCCUGGCAGCCUGCAAGACACCGAGGGACCGUACGUGGGAAUGUCCCCGAGAACCACGCAGGGGUGCUGCUCAGUGCUGGCUGCAGAGCGUUUGAAAGAUUGGUGUUUCCCUUUAAAAAAAACAUCACAAUGCCAAAGAUUAAUCUAAUCUAGGCGUGUGAGAACCACCUUUAAAUGGUCACAAGCGUCGUGAGUUUUUAGGGGUGGCUGUGGUGGGCACGCAGAGACACGGUUCUUAGCAAAAGCUGGGCGAGGGGCAUAGGUUACAAUAACUAGUGCAAAGAAGAACUUUACAGAAAAACAGUUCAUUAGAAAGCUAAGAGUAAGGUUUGGUAAAGCCUGAAACUCUGCAGCACUUUGAGCCACUGAACGUUCCACAGAGGCUAUUUUUUACUUCCAGAAAUCUUAUUUCUACACUCUAUUUAACGUAAUGUUUCUCCUGUCACUUUGAAGUUUCGUUUGGAGUAGAUUGGAUGCAUCUGAGAACACACUCUGCUUUCCUGGGAAUUUGGGGUGUUAUCUUCCUGCGUGUUUGAUGUGAGGUAGUUUCAAGAUACAAGGACUCCGUGGAAGGGCCCGUAUCUGCGCUUCAUGGAUUGCGUGGGUGCAGAUCGUUCAAAAGCAGCGGCUGGAGCCUCCUCAUAAUGGAGACGUGCAGUAUCUGUAAUGAGAAUCUUCACGGCACAACAGUCUGUCUGUGAGUGGGAAGUACCAGCGAAGGGUCUUCAGUCUGGCAUGUGAGGGGGGGAAGGACACCUGAUGGAGAGGGCACCUCAUGCACGAAGGCUUGGGUUACCAGCUUUCCAUACACUGCCUUCGGUUUUAGUCACUCUCUGCAAAGUGAACACUUCGAUGUCCCGUGUCUUUGUCCAGUGGCCGUGCUGUGCCCCAGCCCUGUGGGUCUGCUGCGGCAGCGCACGUUUUGCCAACAAAGGCUGGGAGGGCGAAGGUGGCCCGCCCCUUGACGCCAUCGCGGAUCCUCACGUAAGGUAUGCACAUCUCUGAGUUUUCCUACAGAAAACUGUUUCCUGAUUGGACAGACUGCUUUUUGGUUCAGGAGGAAUUUUGAGUGAUUCAAACACUAUCUAGGGAUAGAACACUGAUGAGAACAUUCUGGAAUGUAGCCAGCAGACCUCAUUCUGCAGGACUGUGGGGCAUUUCUCAUCCCCUUAAAGCAGACCCACAGCAUGUAGAUAGUUAUAACUCCCGAGGUCUGUCAUUUUAAACAGGUCACUUGUUUUUCAACUCUAUUUAAAUUGGUGAUUAAUGUGGCUUGGUAAGGCUUAGUAGUCUAUUUGGGGCAGUAAAAGGUGAAGAGGGUCCAUAGUCAUUUUUUGACAUGAAAUGAAUGAUUCAGGAAGAUUAUAUUUCCUUCCACUUACUAUUUUAAAUACAUGUUUAAUGAAAUAAACUGUAAACUAUCCUGUUUUCUGUAUUAUAUGUACAUUUGACUUUUUAAUAGCCUUUCCAAAGAAAUGAGGGCAUGAUUAUUGUACAUUACUGUGACUGAUUUAAUUUGAUGUACAGAACAGGUUGUGUUCUUAAGGAUAAAAAUAAUUGAUGGCACUCA